AUUUUAAUUUUCUUCAUCAACUAAAUGGUUACGGUAGCACAAGUCACAUAUAGCAUUGACGACAUCAAGACUCGUUUAUUGGACCACCAUGAAUGCUUUGAAGCACUUGUGGGUAUGAUUGCUCCCCAACACUACUUUCCUCCCAAGGAGCUAGACGAUGAUGCACACCAAGGUGGUCGUUUUGGCCAUAAUAAAAAGAACAAGGCCCCCAAGCAAUCGAUCAAGGAAGCUACCAGAAAAGCCAGGAUGACAAAGCUUGAUCCUGAAACACCAAAAACAGUAUCUGAGAUUCAGCAAAAGAUGGUUCAAUCGAUACAAGCUGCAAAUGAAGAAAGUAACCAAGACACAGAUUCCAAGGUGCAGCAACCUACAGCCAUGCAUACUGCACCACUUUCUGCACGUAAAAUGACUGCUGCGACAGCUGUUGAGCUCCAAGAUCGUCUUGCAAAGCGUAUCCAAGCUCUUCGUGAUCAGCGCAACCACAAUCACUCCAAAGAUAAUGCCUCAUCUCCCUCUGUUCCUAAAACCAGGCAGGAUAUUAUUGAAAAGCGUAAACUCAAGAAACAUCAACGCAAAGAGGAUCUAUUAAAGAAAAAAGACAGUCGAAAGGCAAUGGAUGAUACCAUGGGAAUGGAUGUACAAAAACCAAGUCAUGCCAAUGCAUCCAAAGAACUCAAAAUGGAUGUAUCAUUUGGCAAGAUUGAUUUUGGACUUGAAGAAAAGAAAAAGGAAUCGAUUGAUGCUGUAGCAUUGUUGAAAAAGGUGGAAGCCAAAAAAGCAAAACUUGAAACCCUAAAAAAAACUGAUGGAGAAAAGGCACAAAAGAUUGAAGAAGCGCAGUCAUGGAAUAAGCUCAUCAAAAUGGCCGAGGGAGUCAAAGUUAAAGAUGAUCUGCAAUUGUUAAAAAAGACAGUCAAGCGCCAAACACAAGAGAAAAAGAAGAGUUCAGGUGAAUGGAAGAAUCGACAGGAACAGGUUGCUAAGGAACAAAAACAGCGCCAAGACAAACGACAAGAGAAUAUUCAAACUCGGAUCGAUGCUAAACGUGAUCGCAAGUUUGGUGGGAAAAAGAGCGAUGGCAAAGUUGGCAAAAAGGUUGCUCCUGCCAAAGGACAGAAACGGCCUGGAUUUGAAGGUGGUGUGCGCAAAUCUAAAAAAUAAACCGUCUACUUACUCAU